AUGGACAAUCUUCGUCUUGAGGUAGGUAAGACUACCAACAUCAAGAACGCUUCUCCUCUCUUCGCAGAAGCAAAUUCCCAGAACGAGACAACCACCAGCAUGACCUUUGACGCUAUUAAAGAAAGCAUGGUGGAGAAGCUUUCAAUUCCUGUCUUCCCACAUCAAAGCAGUCAACAAUAA